AACUGAAGUCAUCUGUGCACGUCUCUGGAAAUCUUGGUCAAGUUGGUUUUCUGUCACGACCACAGUUCAGUGACCAAGGCAGAGAGAGAGACCAUGGAGACCAGGGACGCCGUUUUCAUGGCAACCGAGGGACGGCGAGCAAAGGCGUCCAAAUAACGAAAUGGACUGAAAACGCGGAAGUGAAUGGUGAUGACGUUCGAUGUUUAGCUGCCACAAAAAGCUGAUCAUGGCGUAAUGUUGGUGUAUGUCUGGUGAAAACAGUAGCGUUUUUCCUAACCAAAGCAAGCUCCUUUCAGCUCAAAAUGUUCAAAGGUUGGGGUACGUGGCUAGGCCUCGAUGGUGCCACAACACCGUCAGAAGGAGUUGAUCAACCCACUGAUGUUGUCGAAAAAGAGAGAGAAACUUCACCUGAUGUGCUGGACAGCGAGGUAAACAAGGACAAUUCAAAUGUAACGUUAGACGAGGAAGGGGAAAACGGUGACCAACAACUCUUGCAACAAACAAAGGGGUUUAGUGGUUACAUUCUCAACUUUGCCAGCAGUGCAACCAAGAAAAUAACUGAGUCUGUAGCGGAGACAGCUCAGACGAUCAAGAAAAGUGUAGAAGAGGGGAAAAUUGAUGGCAUUAUUGAUAAGACCAUACUGGGAGACUUUCAAAAAGAGCAACAGAAGUUUGUCCAAGAGAAGAAUGCAAAAAGGAGUGAUGUUGCUGUUCCACCGUGGGUUGGUUACAAUGAGGAGGAAACCAUUCAGCAGCAAAUAUUGGCCUUAUCAGCUGACAAGAGGAAUUUCUUGAGGGAUCCCCCUGCUGGGGUUCAGUUUCAUUUUGAGUUUGAUCAGAUGUUCCCUGUUGCCUUGGUGAUGCUGCAAGAAGAUGAACUGUUGAAUCGUAUGCGCUUUGAUCUUGUCCCCAAACAUGUGAAGGAGGAGGUCUUCUGGAGAAAUUACUUCUACCGUGUGUCGCUGAUAAAGCAGUCUGCUCAGCUCACUGCGUUGGCAGCCCAACAGCAGGCUGCAGAGAAGCGCCAAGAAGAGAAGACUGAAGACACCGCAGAUGGAGACAUGCCAGAAACCAUCAGACCGAAAACCCCUCCCACUACCAUCAACGCCAAGCCAAAGUCAAAUGAGGAUGAAGAAGAGAUCAUUUCUACCAGCCCUGGAGUGUCUGAGUUUGUGAGUGAUGCCUUUGAUGCAUGCAACAUUGACCAGGAGGACCUGAGGAAAGAGAUGGAGCAACUUGUGCUGGACAAGAAGGAUGAGGCGGCUCCUCAGGAUGAGGAGACUGCUGAUUGGGAACGCGAGCUCCAACAGGAGCUCCAAGAAUACGAGGUGGUAGCUGACGCCGAGAACAGAGAUGACAACUGGGACAAGGAGAUCGAGGAGAUGCUGCAGGCGGAUGAAUUCACACAUCUCAGCAGCACCACUUAAGAUCAGACUUGUUGAAGUCAACCAACAUUGAUUAGCAUAUGCAGUGGUGUGGUCUGUUUGUCUUCAGGUGGUACUUCUGGACAUGAAUUUACUUUGGCUAAGCACACUAAAAUGAGUUGGAGGAUGUAUUAUUAUUACAGCCAAUCGUGGGACCUUUUAGUGUCUUUCUCUUUGUAAUGCGGAUACUGUAUCAUUUGGUAAUGGCAUACUCAUGUUUAAAUUUAAAGAGUUGCAUCUUCAGUCGGAUUGAGUGGGAUGUUUUUAUUACUUUGUGCUCUUAUUAAAUCAUCGGUCUUUUAAAGGUUUAUGUAUAUUAUUUCUCUAGUCGAGUAUCUAAAUGGACAUUCUUGACAUAUUGCAAAAUGUUAAAAUGUAAUGACAUGGAUUAGAAAGAAACUUAAUAGAAUGCCCUUCUAUAAGAAGACUUAUAAGAUAAGAUCACACCCUUAUUAGUAGAGACUAUGUUACCUAUGGAACACAUUUUCAUAUAUUGUUUGACCAAGCUGAUGCUUGUUUUACUUUACAAUGCUGUUAGCUAUGCUACUGUUAAACAAAAUAAAGACAUUGCCUUUCA